AUGCACUUUCCAGUUCUCGCCAAUGCCGCCUUUGCCAGCUCGGCGUUGCCAGUCCCCUCACUCGCCUCGGCCAUUGCUCUUCGUCAAGAGAGUGCUUGCCUGAUCAGGGCCGAAGCCAAAGAUAUCGUGGACAUCUACGGUCAGCUGAUCGCCAACUACACGGACGAUGUAUGCGCCAACAUCAACACCUUCAUCUUCACGCCUCUCGGGGAACCGACCGUUGCAACCAAGGAGAUCUUCAUGUCGGUGCGAAACGCGAACCCGCCCUUCCCGGUCGUCGGCCGCAGCAUCGAUGCCAUCGAUUACGAAACCGUCGCGCUCCGUUGGCACGCCACGUUUGGCGCCGCCAACCUCCCCAGCAAGGGCAUCACAAUCAUCGGCACGACCAAGCGUGAAGGGUAUGCGCAGACCAAGAGCCUCGAUGUCGAGUUCAACAGCUUGAUCUGGCUCCUUAACAUGGGUGGCAACUACACUUGGGAGGGUUAG